AUGGGAUACGACGUGAUGACUUUCAUGGCAACGAAAAUCGCUUUGGCUUAUGCUACGUAUCCUUUCGUUACGAUGAAUUUGAAUCCAGCUUUCAUGCUAUACAAGCGAGUCUUCUUUGUCGUCCACAUAGCAGCAGCCCUCAUCCUGGUCGUUGUUCCUCGACUUUAUCCACCACCAGCGAAAAAAUCCAUAUCAAAUGCAUAUGCAAAUACAAAUAUCACUAAUAACAACGUGAUGAAGGAACUACCUACACCAACGGAACCAAAGAAAGAACUCUAG